GUGUUCCCCUGGGUAGCACAGCCCGCGAUAGGGUUCGAAGGGCUGGUGGGCUGCUGUCAUGAAGAUGACAGCGGAAGGCCCGUUUAUCCUGCGGGAUCUCCUGCGGUCGGAGUCAGAGCCCAGCUGGAAGGAUGAAGAGGUUUGCGUGGUCGGAGUGUUCGGGAAGACGGCCAUGCUGCAGGGGAGCUGGGAGAAAUGUUCCCUGGUGAACUCGCUGUGCGACAGGCACGUCUUCCCUCUCUUUCACCGCCCGCCGGAGACCCCCGGGGAUCGCAGCCUCUUUCAGGCCUAUUACGAACAGGACUCCCGGGUCCUUUACCUGCUGCUGACCGGCAUCACUGACACCGGGCAGCUGCUGAAGGCCUGCGAGGAGCUGAGCCAGGGGAUUCCCCACGCAGAGGCCCACGAGUGGUGGAAGGAUGAGGAGAAGCUGUACUGCAUGCACCUGCUCUAUCUGUUCUCUGUGUGCCACAUCCUGCUGCUGGUGCACCCCACCUGCUGCUUCGAUAUCACCUACGAGAAGCUGUUCAGGGCGCUGGACAGUCUGAGGCAGAAGGUGCUUCCCUCUCUAAAGCCUCUCCUCAAGGACUGCACGGUGGGGCUGGACUGGAAACUCAAUGCCCGGCCAUGUCCUCCCAGGUUGCUCUUUGUUUUCCAGCUCAACGGAGCACUCAAAGUAGAGGCAAGGGGACAAGGGCCAACAACCACCGAGAAGCCCAAAAAGCACUCGCCCAAGAGACGGCUGCAGCAUGCGCUGGAAGAUCAGAUCUACCGCAUCUUUAGGAAGAGCCGGGUGCUCACCAACCAAAGCAUUAACUGCCUGUUCACUGUGCCUGCCAACCAGGCCUUCGUGUAUAUCGUGGCCGAUCAAGAUGAAGACCCUAUUGGGAUGCUGCUAGAAGGACUGAGGCAGAACUGCACUAUGAAAGAUACAGAAUCCAUGGUGCCCAUAUCCGGGCCGAGACGUUAUCAGAUGAUGAGACACACACGACAGUUGUCCUUCACAGUCGAGAGUAACACAAGUUUGUCUGGCCAGUUGGUUGACUGCACCUUGAGAGAAUUCCUUUUCCAACACGUAGAGCUGGUGCUCACCAAAAAGGGAUUUGAUGACAGCGUUGGUAGAAAUCCACAACCGUCUCAUUUUGAGCUUCCAACUUACAAUAAGUGGGUUGCUGUGGCAUUAAAACUGUAUGAAGUCCUAAUUGAAAACAAAGAUGAUGAUCCUCCCUCGUUUCCAGGGGGGUUUCCUCCAAAACUGCUGGCAAACAUGAAAGUGUUGGAAAGCUAUUUAGACGCAGAUACCAAGUUUUCAGAAAACCGAUGCCAGAAAGCUCUACCUAUGGCGCACAGCGCGUACCAGUCAAAUCUUCCCCAUAAUUACACAACAACCGUGCACAAAAACCAACUCGCACAGGCCCUGAGGGUGUAUAGCCAGCAUGCUCGGGGGCCAGCUUUCCAGAAAUAUGCCAUUCAUCUUAAUGAAGAUUGCUACAAAUUUUGGAGCAGUGGUCACCAGCUUUGUGAAGAAAGGAGCUUGACAGAUCAGCACUGCGUGCACAAGUUCCACUUGCUCCCAAAGUCAGGAGAAAAAAUUGAGCCAGAGAGGAACCCUCCAAUUUUGUUUCACAAUAGUCGGGCACGGUCAACUGGCAGCUGCAACUGUGGAAGAAAACAGGCACCUCGCGAAGAUCCGUUUGAUAUUCAAAGUGCCAAUUAUGAUUUCUAUCAGAUACUAGAAGAGAAGUGCUGUGCAAAGCUAGAGCAUAUCAGCUUUCCAGUGUUCCAGCCGAGCACCACGGACCCGGCCCCUGCCACAGAUGAUGCUUCCCCGGUUCCGCCGGAAGGAGAAGCAGAAGCAGAGAAGCUAAAAGAUAAGGAACCCCAAACGCAGGGAGAAAGUACUAGCCUAAGUCUGGCUCUGAGCCUUGGCCAGUCCACUGACAGUCUGGGAACGUACCCAGCUGACCCCCAAGCAGGGGGAGACAAUGCAGAAGCUCCUGUGCAUGGGGCCGAGGACAAAAGUGAGAAAAGGCCCAGCUUAGUGGAUCGUCAAGCGUCCACUGUGGAAUACCUUCCUGGAAUGAUGCAUUCAAAUUGUCCAAAAGGUCUCUUGCCCAAGUUUUCCAGUUGGUCUUUAGUAAAACUUGGGCCUGCCAAAGCUUAUAACUUCCACACAGGAUUAGAUCAGGUUGGAUUCAUCCCAGGCACCAGCUAUCUAAUGCCCUGGGAUAUUGUUAUCCGCACAAAGCCAGAGGACGAUGGGGACCUGGACACCAACUCUUGGCCCGCGCCUAAUAAAUCCGUCCCUGGAAAGCGGAGUGCAGUGGUGAUGGGGAGAGGCAGAAGAAGAGAUGAUAUUGCCAGAGCCUUUGUAGGUUUUGAGUAUGAGGACUUCAGAGGACGUCGGUUUAUGUGCUCUGCACCUGACAAAAUCAUGAAGGUGAUUGGAAAUGGACCCAAGGAAUCGGCAAUUAAAGCCCUGAACAGUGACAUGCCUUUAUAUAUGCUCUCCCCUUCACAGGGAAGGGGGCUGAAACCUCAUUAUGCUCAGCUCAUGAGACUGUUUAUUGUGGUUCCAGAUGCUCCUUUGCACAUUAUAUUAAAUCCUCAGGUGCAGCCCGGACCCCCUCCGUGCCCGGUUUUCUAUCCUGAAAAGCAGGAAAUCAUACUGCCCCCUGAUGGCCUGUGGGUUCUGAGAUUACCUUUCUCCUAUGUCACAGAACGCGGUCCAUGUUACCCUCCAAAGGAAAACCAGCAGCUGAUGAGCUACAAGAUCACGCGAGGGAUAUUAAAGUCUGUCACUCAAUGAAACGCAAGCUUUCUGUACAUUAGGGCGCUAUACUGCAUCAUGCCACUCAUGUUGAGCCUUAGAUUAUGCCUUUGAUUACUGGCAUGUCGUCGUUAAUGAACUCUGGGAUUCAGGUUUUUCUCCCCGUUAAAAUCAUGUCCUCCUUUAUUUCCAUGUGUGAUAUUUCACAAUUCAUUUUUUUUCUUAAAAUGUAAGCAAUAUUUACAUCAGGGUUCCAAGGCUUCGCCUGUAUUGAGUAAACAGUAAAUUGAAGCUGCUGCCCCAUUUUCUGUUAAAUAAUGUCUAAAAUGGAAUUUACUCUGCACAAUUUGUGUAUGUGCGUAUUAAGAAUGAUAAAGUGACAUGGAGGCAAACAUUUAAAAUCAUUACAAAAAAAAAAGCAAAGAUUUGUGACAGUGGGCUUUUACAUACUAAAUGUAGCUCUGUCCCAUAUGGCUAUUCUUCACCUAUUUGUUCAAUAUUAUUAUUUCCAAAGAGCCAUUUAAGCCACCACCCAGAAUCUGGUUUAAUAACCUAUGACAUGAC